AUGGAUAAACUCACCGACAAGAUCGCGGCAUUGCCGCCAGAUGCAAAUUACUUCUCUCUAGAGUUCUUCCCACCGAAGACGCAGCAAGGUUUCUCAAAUCUCAAUGCCCGACUAUCACGCAUGGCGCAUAGUCUGCGCCCACUCUUCGUCAACGUUACUUGGAGUGCAGGAGGGAGCACAUCGGUCAAGUCACUGGCUUUGGCCGAGUUGACGCAGCGAGAGCUGGGACUAACGACAUGUCUUCAUCUGACGUGUACGAAUAUGUCCCGGGAGCUGAUCGAUGAGGCAUUGGAGCAAGCGAAAGUCCUAGGGGUACGCAAUAUUCUUGCCUUACGUGGCGAUCCUCCGCGAAGCGACGAGUACCGAGACGACAGUGUGCCAAAUGCAGAAGAGGAUGACUCGAACAAAGAUUUCACCUGGGCAGUGGAUCUGGUGCGAUACAUUCGCAAGCAGUACGGGAACUACUUCUGUGUAGGUGUUGCCGGGUAUCCUGAGGGUCACUCGGAUCAGUCGCAUCCAGAGCACCAAUCAGUCGAACAUGACCUGCCUUACCUUGUCGAGAAGACAAAGGCUGGAGCGGACUUUAUCAUGACGCAGCUGUUCUACGAUGUCGAUGCCUACGAUACAUACGAGAAAACUCUUCGUGAGCACAAGUCGGGAGUGUUAAAGACGAUUCCCAUCAUACCCGGUCUCAUGCCGAUACAAAGCUACCAGAUCUUGCGACGAACCACGAAGCUCAGCCAUGCUGCACUACCACAGGACAUCCUGAAGAAACUAGAGGCUGUGAAAGGCGACGAUGAGGCAGUAAAAAGAGUGGGUGUGGACAUACUAUGCGAGAUUGUCGACAGCAUGAAGAGCAAGGGCGGCAGCGGCCCACGAGGCUUCCACUUCUACACUCUCAACCUUGAGAAAGUUGUGGCUCAGAUACUCGAGAAGAGUCAGCUCAUACCUCCUUCGACUCCUGAUCAGGAGACGAGCGGCGAAGAUUCAGCAGUUGCGGAGGUGGAUUCGGACGAUUUCGUGGUGGUAGAUCCUGCUCAGAAGAGAGCGAAUCGUAGGAAGUCCUCAAUGGCAAAUUCGCAACCUCGAAAUCGUGUCAUUAUCUCGCACACACGUGCUUCAAGCACGAGCAGCAACCGCACCUCGCACGCAUAUGAGGCAUCGGAUCAGGACGCAGGCGUGCCAAAGGAGAAGAUCAACAGCCGAGCCAACACACUUGCUAUUUCUGAAGGUGAAGGCGCUUUGGGACGGGAGGCAACCUGGGACGACUUUCCCAAUGGUCGCUGGGGCGAUGCUCGUUCCCCAGCAUUCGGUGAGAUUGAUGGCUAUGGCGUGAGCUUACACCUCAGCGUUCCCGAGGCCAAACGACUCUGGGGAGAGCCGAACUGCAUUGAAGACAUCUCGAAGAGCUUCAGAAGACAUCUGGAAGGCGAUAUCGACUCGAUGCCAUGGUCGGAGGAAGCUUUGCAGCCAGAGACUCUCACUAUCAAGGAGCAGCUUCUUGCACUGAUCAACAAAGGCUGGUGGACUGUUGCCUCACAACCUGCUGUCAAUGGUAUACGUUCCACCGACCCCGUCUUCGGCUGGGGGCCAAAGAAUGGUUUCGUCUUCCAGAAGCCGUUUGUCGAGUUCUUCGUCCCCUCAAAUGAAUGGGAGAUUCUAAAGGGCAAGCUCGAUCAGCAUCCCCAGAUCACAUACUUCGCCGGCAACGCCAAGGGAGACUUCGUCAGUUCGGACGAGGACUCGGUGAAUCCUGUGACGUGGGGCACCUUCACUGGAAAGGAGAUCAUUACUCCCACAAUCAUCGAGGCCGUGUCGUUCAGGGCGUGGUCUGAGGAGGCGUUUGGCAUCUGGAGGGAAUGGCAGAGAGUGUACAAGGCAGGCUCGGAAGCGAGCAGGUUGCUUGAAACAAUAAGGAAGGACUAUUGGCUGGUCAGUGUGAUCCACCAUGGGUUCCUGGAGCCGGGCGCACUGUGGGACGAUCUUUUGUAA